AUGGGAACCACAGGAGGAGGAGAAGGUGUCGAUAACUUUUUAAGAUGUCCGGACGUUAUUCUCAGUGAAAUUCAGUCCCAGCUUCCACUGAAAGAUGUAGCCAAAACCAGUGAGUUGUCCCGGAGAUGGCGCAGCAAUUGGGCUGCUCGUCCUCAAAUUCAUUUGGACGAAGCAGAUUUUGGGGCCGAUUUUGUAGGAACCAGGGUAAGAGACCAAAAGAAAAGAAAGGACUUCUUGAAGUACUUGGACAAUUUUGCGAAGAUCCAACAACUUGCAAGGAUGCCUUCCGGUAAUGUUUUUGAGUUGGGUAAAGUUGAAUUUACAGCACCUAAAACAUUGGAUGAGUUAGAAUUCUUGCAUUGUGAUAUAUCCAAUGGUUCUUUUACGCUUCCCAAUGUGAAUUCGCUCUCUCUAAAUCAUGUCUCUGUUGAGGAUAAAGCUGUUGAGAAUCUCAUCGCCGCGUGCCCUGAAGUUCAAAAGUUAAGCAUUCAUAGACCUGAAAAGUUGAGAACUAUUAUAGUUCCAAAUUCUACCCUGAAAUGUUUAAAAGUCACUAUUAGUAAAGAUAUAACUCGUAUAGGAAUAGAGUCCCCAAACCUUGAAUCUCUUGAAUUUGGUUGCUUAUGGGCCUAUGGCAAACGUAAAGUAGACAUUACUUCCCCAACUAAAGUGCACAAGCUUCUUCUUUCUCAACCCGAAUCUGCUCAGCUUGUGCUUAAGCAUUCCCACAUAGUAAAUGAGAUAAAAAUAGACACUCUGAAGGUGCUCAAUGCUGGCUGGUACACUUGGAUAAGAAACAAUUUGAAGUCUUUUGCUCAUUCCAAGCAUGUAAAGUUGAUUUGA